CAAAACAUAAACCCACUUCUAUCUUCUUCAUUAUAUGAUGGCAAAAUCAAUAAGUUGCCAAUGUAUUUGCUUCUUCUUAUCAGUUGUAUUCAUAUUUGUAAACUUGAUUAGCUGCCAUAAUAAUAAGAUUGAGCUCCAUCAUGAAAACCAUGUUGCUUUGUUCAUCUUCGGUGAUUCACUUUUGGAUAAUGGAAACAACAAUUAUAUCAGCACCAUCCUUGAUUUUCGAGCCAAUUUCUGGCCUUAUGGUGAGACCUUCUUCAAUUACCCUACUGGUAGAUUCUCCGACGGCCGACUGAUCCCGGAUUUUAUUGCUCAAUUUGCAGGGUUACCAUUAAUUCCACCAUAUUUAAAACCAGGAAACCCUGAGUUUAGAAAUGGGGUGAACUUUGCAUCUGCCGGAGCUGGUGCCCUACUUGAAACUCAUCAAGGAUUAGUUGUAGAUUUGGGAACACAAAUAAAAUACUUCAAGAAAGUUGAGACAUCAUUGAGACAUGAGCUUGGUGUAGCAAAGGCCAAAAAUUUGUUGUCCAAAGCUGUUUAUUUGAUUGGCAUAGGAGGCAAUGAUUAUUUGACAAAAAACUCAACUGUGGUCUCGAAUGAAGAGUUUGUUUCCAUGGUGAUUGGCAAUUUGACUCUUGCUGUCAAAGAAAUAUACAAGAAAGGAGGGAGGAAAUUUGGGUUCAUGGAGAUGAUGCCAUUGGGUUGUUUGCCAUACAUAAAGGCACAGAAUGGGGGCUGUUGCAUUAAUGGAAUCACACAAUUAGCAGAACUGCACAAUUCAGGGUUUCCCAAAGCCCUAAACGAGCUGAAGGAGAAGCUUAAUGGGUUCAAAUAUGCCCACUAUAAUUUCUUUGAAUCUGUUAGUGAGAGGUUAAACAACCCUUCAAAAUAUGGUUUCAAGGAUGCGACAGCAUGUUGUGGGUACGGUGAAGGCAGAGGUGUUUAUAGCUGCGGAGGGAAGAGAGGGGUAACAGAAUUCAUUUUAUGUGAGAACCCCGACGAUUAUCUCUUUUUCGAUGCCUACCAUUUCUCGGAAAAGGCCUACCAGCAAUUUGCAAAGCUAAUGUGGAGCGGAACUAUCGAUAUCGUAUGGCCUUACAAUUUCAAGACAUUGUUUCAAGCCAACGACCAAAUGUUUUAGCCAUGUCAAAUUCGGCUAUCAACCUCGGUACUAUGUGUAAGUUAUGAAUUUAGUCUAUAUACUAUAACUUUCAUUUAGUCCAUUUUAAUUCCUGUACUUUUUAAAAUUGUUCAACUUAAAUCAUGACUCAAGUGGUAGUAGCUAAAUCUGUUCAGUUAAAUUCUACCAUCAAUCUUGUACUAUACAUAAAGUUUUAGAUUUAGUCAAUGUUCUUCAAUUUGAUCA